CUCUAUAUCUAUCUAAAAUGUUUCAUCUCACACAUGCGUGAAGAUGGUGUAACGUAUCCCGACCUGACCUAAUAUUAGUACUUUUAUUAACGGACAAUGCGUCCUUUACUAAUUUUUUCAGUAAUAUUCCAACUUUAAAUGAAAUUGCAAUUAGUAGUUUGAUCAAAUAAAGGGAUGAGAUAAGAUACUGUGGAUUGAUCUAAAUCUACCUUUUAACCGUUUAAAAAAAUCACCUAACAAUUAUUUUUUCAUUUAAAUAAGGGAAUGAGGACAAGUACUUUAAACCAGUAUUCAUAACGUGUAUAUACAAGUACAAAGUAUGUUGUGUAAGGCCACAUCAUAUGCUCAUUUGCGGUUGGAAAUGAAAUAGUGUUUAUUUUAUUUUAAAAUAUGUACAUAACUAUUGCAAUACUUACUACGGUCUUAUAAUAUUUCUCAUGAUUGCAUUUGUAGUGUACAAUGAUAUAUGCAUAAUUCGAUAAAAAUUGUUAUUUAUACGAAUCAACCAUAUACACUCUGUACCAUCAAAAAUGUUUUUCGAGCCAAUUAUUGCAACCUGGUAUGCGGGUUCUGAUAACGUGUUUAUUCUGAUCAAAAGGGGGUUUUAAAGACCGAUCUACCGUGAAACGACACAUUUAUUUUACAACGUGGUCUAAUUUUACAGCCUCUGAUAUAAUAUACUAGCCUCUUUUUCUAAACUUGUAAUGUUGAGAUAACGUUAACCUCAAUUUGCCCUGUACGUGUUAAAGAAGGAUUUGGGCUGACCUUAUUAUGUCGGUUUAAUUGUUGUUUCAGCUUUACAAUGUCCCUUCUCUCUUGGACGCUCCUAGCACAAGCCUGACAUUGAUAUAAAUAAUAGUGACUUCUGAUAUUUACAUUUAAACAUUGAACAAAGGUUACUAAAGAUUAUUGUAAAUUAAUUUGAUUUUUCUGCAUAAAUCAGUCUACAGUAUAGCAAUAAAGGACGCAUUAAUUUGUUUGUAUUAACCGAGCCGUGUCGUCUACUUUGUUAUCCCUCCUCACUUUUUCCCUAGCGAGAGAGAUAAUAAACAGUUCAUAACUAUUUAUACCAACUUUAAACGUUUUAAAUGAUACGAAUAACUAUUAAUAGAUGAAUUAUUAAUUUUUUUUUAAAAACGUUAGAGAGGUGUACUACAUUAAAGUUUAAAACAUCAAAUGGUUUUAUGAUUGUAAACAUAUAUUAACACAAGACAUAAUGAAGUCUUGGUAUACUUAUGUGUUAACUUUUUAUAAGUGUGGACAAGGAUAUGUAUUCAGUGUGAACAAAAAAAAUGUAAAACAUGGGUAACUGACUCAUCCGAAAUUAACUAUUAAGCUGGUUCUAUUAUCUUGAUUUAAUUGAUUUGUUGUUUCGCUCCCACCACAAUUCAGUCGACGGUAUAUUAGUAAAGGAUGCUAUAAAUAUGUCUUAUCCGAGCAGUGUAAUAUCGUACUUCUUCUACAUUGUUGUCACAUUGCACUUGUUAAAACAAUUAGUUAAAAAAGAAUGAAAGAGCACUUAUAACGUUAUUUAAAAAAAAAGAAGAGGAAAUGAUAUGAUUAAAAAUUUAAUCGUUUUUACGCAUUUCACAAAUAAGAAUGUAAAAAAAAAAGUUGUAUGUCGUUGUGAUAUGAUGAUGAGAAUGAAUCUAAAUUCAAGCUUUUUUUUUAAAUUUUAAAGGAUAACACUUUUUACUAAUACAUCAUUGCAGUUUAUUUUUAAUUGUUUUUACGUUACAACUUUAAAGUGAAAAUAGAUAAACAAUAUUUCUAGAAAGGAGAACAUUACAAUAAAAAGAAUGAGUUAGAUUGGAUUACUAAGAAUUAAGGAAAGGAAAUGUGUCGUAUAUAAACUUUAAGUUAAGUCUUGGGUUGAUGAUAAUGUGUCUUUAAAUAUCCGGUACCCAAAUAUGGGUUACCGAUCUAACCAAAAGAGAUGACGGGAUCAAAAGUUCGUGCAGAUCACAAGAUCAGGUCUUGUAGAAUUCGCGCCAUCCGUCCUAGUCUGAAAAUGGAGACGGGAAAGAUUGUAUCUGUAAUUCUACUCCUAACAAUUGUAUAUUGUUAUGGAACCAAAGGUGCGAAAUUCCCCCCUUGUCCCCUUUGGUACGGGAUAUAUAAGUGUAACAGUCCAAGAUUUUCUUCGUGUGUUACCUUAAGAUGGCAACCUGGAUUGCGGGAAAUUUCGUUAUUCAACUGCAGAGUUCAAAUGAUAAUGAUUGGAUGGAAAAACGGAGUCCGACCUAUUAUGCGUGACAUAUUUCAAAAGAUUUGUACUGAGACAACUAAAAGGACCGUAACAACAACAACAACAACUGCUACAACAACAAAAGAGGCAAAAAGUACACUGUCUGAAAAACACGAGGUAACUUUAAGUAUAAUGGAAACAACAACAAAAGAAACUACAAACACCAAUCUUCCUCGGAGACAUCCCCUUAAGACUAGACAUUCUACAGUAAACACGCCAUCCACUGAUGUUACUUUAAUUAAGAAACAUAAGGUAACUUCAAGUGUAAUGGAAACAACAACAAAAGAAACUACAAGCACCAAUCUUCCUCGGAGGCAUCACCUUAAGACUAGACAUUUAACAGUGAACACGCCAUCCACCGAUGUUACUUUAGUUAAGAAACAUGGAACAUCCAUAGAUGAUCUUAAAAAUAAGGUUGUAAAUGCCAUCAACGCUGAAUCUGCAAAAGAACACGGAUCGUUGACGGAUAUGGCCUUGGCCUUUUUAAUGUGGGCAAUCACUACAACGAUAGCAGUCAUCAUAGUUUUAAUCAAGAAAUGGUUGUCGGAAAGAUGUGCAACUCAUGAGCAACUCAUGGCCAGGGAAUCCCCAGACGUUCAACAGCAGCAGCACCCAAACCCCGUAUACUCACCAGGACAACUGAGCAUUGUCCCACUGAUGGUGAUGCACUCACCACCAUCUUCCAACAGUGCACUUUCUUCCAUCACAAGUACACCAGAGAUGGAGGAGAUAGAGGAGGAGGAGGAGCCAGUAGGGCACAGAACAAGACGUUCAUGUGUAAAAAAGCUCAACUGGUCCAAAACGAGCGCAGUGUAGUUUUGAUUCCGUGCAUAUAUGCAUUUGUUAAAUGUUUCUGUAAUUAGGAUACGCAAAGGAGAGUAACUAUACAAUAUAAAAUUAUUGGUCUAAUUUUUUAAACCUUAUUUUUUUUAUCUAUAUUUACAAGUUGUUGUGUUUAGCAGAACAUUCUACAUAAAUGGUAAACUGUCUGUUUUGAGAAAGUUUUUUUAUGUUGCUACAUUUUCAUGUUUUCUGUUUUGCAUUUAGAAGUUACUUCCCUUUGACUAUCUUGUUAGCAAAAAUAAAUAUUAGUUUCUUUG